AUGAGAUCCAAGGUCAGAGCCGGGUGGCUUACAGAUCAGGCAGGGGUCAGUCAGGCUCGGGUUCCAAGAGGCAGAGCAGAUCGCCACCUUCUGGUUGGCAGUCGCCAUGACGGUAACCGGGGAGGUGGGACUUCAGCCAUUACGACUCAACUGAUCGCAGCGCUAACGGAGCAAACCAAACAGGGAUGGGUGCCGGACCGAACCACUGUGUUCUGCUCCUGGGGAGGCACGGCCCUGGGGAACAUUGGCUCCUACGAAUGGGGAAAGGAUAACAGCGUCGUCCUUCAAAGCAGCGCUGUGGCCUACGUGAGUCUGAACUCUCCAGUUCGAGGGACGGAGGCUCUUGGAGCCACAGCAUCUCCGACUCUGCUGCAGCUCACUUCAGAUAUUCAGAGGAGACAAUUACUGAGCUGCAUCCGUGGAGGAAACUGUCCUGGACCCAACGUCAGCUCUCUGCAGUUGCCUGGAGAUGCAAGUUUCUUUGCCAAUGAGCUGGCCGUGCCCAGCAUGGAGUUUGCCUUUGAGCGAACCAAAGCAGGGAGUACAGAGGCCGACAGUUUUCUGUCAGAGGCCCAAUUUUCUGCCGAGUCACCAGAAACCAUCGAUCCAUUGUUCAAGUUCCACGAAACCAUCGCCAAGUACCUCUUUUCUAAAAUCUUUGAAUGAGGACGGGUGGAGAAGCGGACGACCCCAUGUGGCAGGGGAACGCAGUCCAAUCAGACGGUUCUUG